UUCUCACCUUCGCAUUGUUUUUUUUAUUUUUUACGAAAAAUAAAUGAGAUGACAUGGCAAUUUCGGGUUCUCUGAUUGGUUGAUUUUUCUAUCCUAUGUGGACACCCUCUCCAUGGCUUAUAUCUCCCUUUUAGUAUAGUAUAGAUAUCAUGAAUGGUGAUAGUGGACAUGAGCCUAUAUCAGAUAAUUCAGAUUUUAAAAAAAUUAUUAUGCAAGAUUUGCCGCUAAUCAUAUACUACUUCUUUCAAAAUUAAAUCAAAGAAUUCGAAGUCCGUGAAAUGGGAAUCAUAUGCAUGAAAAUAUGAUAUCAUCGUACUGAUAUGAUUGCCACUCUUCGUCGAAUUAAAAGAUCGCAAGAUUGCAACUUUAGCUGAAACAUUUUCUCAGAAGGAUAAUUUAGAAAUAACUACUGCUUUAGAAUCAGAGACGUUUAGACUUUUAUACGUUAAUCACAACUUGACAAGUAUGCAACAAAGGCUCGUUUAUUUGUGCCGGACCAUCAAAGAGUAUUUCAACGUCUGUCCGACACAUUAGGCAACAAAACAUGUUACAUUACUGCCGAGUCGAUCCAUUUGAAUAAAUAGGAAAAAUAAAAGUAAAAAUGAGCUUUCUUUUCUAACCUACACAACAUUAAGUGAGUCUAUAUAUGACUGACUGUGUGAAGCUCAAACAAUUGUAUUGCAUCACUACUGAGAGCAUUUCUUGACACCGCGGGCAAAAUCAAACAUGUGAUCCUUGACUAACGAACAUAAUGAUGCUUCUGUUGAUAUUUCGUUUGAUAUAUAUAAAGCUUUUUAAUCAAAAUUAUUGGAGAAAGUAAAAAGAAUAUUUUUGCUGAAAUAACUUAUACCUAUAAUAAUUUCUAGAAAAACUAAAGUUCAAAUUUAAAUUAGGGUCUCUUUAAAUUAUUGGAGAACGUAAAGAAAUUACAUGUAUCUUCGGAGAAGUACGAUCUGGGAAAGCAAAACCUGACUACAAAACUCAUGUCUUCAUAUAUAUUUUAAGUUAUCUUGCAGUUACGUACUAGUAUUUUAUAGUAAUAUGAUUAAGAAGAGAUAAUUAAAAAUUGCUGGUUGGCAGCAUUAAGACAAUUGCUGUCCGGAAACAUUUUUGUGAGCCAAUAGCGGAAGAGAGAUUACCGUUCAAUAUAUAUUUAAAAUCUUAAUUGAAUUUAACCCUCGACGAGCUCCUGAAAAGUUGGACGACUAAACUUAUAAUUAUUGCACAAACCAAUAUAAUCAAAAGACCCUUAUUGUUCAUAAUGCAAGAUUCCAUUCAGACUGUGUUCAACAUUUUAGUUAAGAUGAGAGUUUCUUUCUAUCCUAAACCUAAACUGAUCCAAAAACGCCACAAUUUGUAUACUAGAUUAAAAACUGAACUCAAACAAAAACUAUUACAUGUUAGAUUUCGUUUCACUUCGACCACUGUUAUUCCUAAAUCAAAGCUCCAAACAAGCAUAUUUUUAAUAUCCAACAAUCAUAUUGUUAUAUCAUAUCAGUAGCCUUUUUUUUUAGAAGUAUCAGUUUUGCAAACUAUAAUUUCUUUAAUAGAACCUAACUAUUAGCCCAUGUUUGGAGUACUAUCCACCCCAAACAAGAACACAGUUAGAGAUUUUAAUAUUUUAAUGGCGAUCUACUCAAAAGAGUGUAAUUGUAUCUAUGAAAUGUGUAUGUAUAUAUACGGCAGAUAUAACUUUACUGAUAACACUGAGAUUCCUAAUGGAAAGAACCCUUGAAUCAUGUGAGGUUUCUUUGAGCUUUAGUUUGUCGUUAGCUUAAUUUGCUCCAACUAGGCCAACUAAAUGGUCCUCAGAGAACCCACUUAAUCACUAAUUAACCCACAUGUCUCAAUGUUAAAAUUGCUCUCUUAAUCUCAAACUCUAAAUACACAAUUCCAAAAUAAAAAAUAUAAACUUAUUUACUUUUCUUCGAGAGAAGGUUGCUAACUUAUUUUGGAGGAUUAUUGAUUAUAUCAACUAUAAAUGAUUUAGCAUUCACUUGACCUAAUAGAGAGAAAAGAAAUUCACUUCAACGUUUAUAUACACAUUUAUUUACUUACAUAUGGUGGGAGGGGACCAUUAAAUGGGUUCGUGACAAAAGCAUAAGCACGAUGUGAUUUGCGGAAUUAGGUGUCUUCCACGUGGGACUUCAUUUCAAUUUAAUCAUCUAGCUUAAUUUACUAACUUUUAACUUAAUCUGUUUAUCAGUUAGUAUUACUUGGAGAUCAGGAAUAAACUUUCCUAAAAACUGUAUAAAGUCCAUGUAUCUAUAUGAUUCACACAAAGAGGCGUUAAGAUUUAAGUAUAUGUUGGCCUGGAUGAUGAGGUACGUUUUAUAUGUUUUCAUGAUUUCUCGUUUGGGAAAGAAUUAAUUAUAAAUUUUAUGGGUUCACUUUUAGUAAAUGAUACACAAUGAGUUGUAGUAUAACAUAUUGAUUUUACUAACAGUCUAGCUGAAUUCCAAAAUGAGGAAGUUUUUCGGUAAAGAGUUCUUCGCAAGUCUAAACGCUGAGAUCGAAGUUCAAGUAGCCAAGUAAAAAUUUCACACGGUGAAGUUGUAAUUCAUUUUUAUAGCCAACCUGUGUCUUUAACCCUAAAUGCAAAGACAUCAUGCCACAGUGUACAGCUUAACAAUUGUUUAUAUCUUAAAUCUAAAACUACAAUUUCUAUAUUUGAACCAAUGUAUUAAAAGUAUCAUGAUAUGAAAAGCAUCAAAGCUAAAUACAAUUUAUGUAAGAUACUGUAGCAUAUUAAUAAAGGCUAGUCACCUGGAGUAUUGGAUAAUGGCACCGCUGGUAGCAAAACAUAUCAAUAUAUCAGUGUAAUAAUACCAAAGCAUCUAUAUACAGACUGAGAGUAUGACGUCUAAAAUGGUUAACACAUGUUCAUGCCUCGGUUACUAACCCAAAUAAUUUAACUAACCAAUCAACUAUUAUCCGUAGAAUUCGGGAUUGAAAGCAAGCUGUCCUGUUCUCUUUUUGAGAGGGCUCGUGAACUUACAACUUUGGUUUGAUAGGUUCCGUGCCUUUUGAAACUAAAAUAAAAUAAUUAGUACUGACCUCAUUUCCCAAUAAUAUUAUUGAUUUUGGUAAUUGGAUAAAAAAAUGUUAACAGCCAAUCUAAUUAUUGGAAACAAUUCCUUUAUGUUAACUUCUCUGAGAAUAUCAAAUACUAUUGUACUAACAAUAUGAAAUAGAAGCACACCAUUUGAUAAGUUAGUUGUUUCAUGUACUGUCGUCAACUUUGUUUUAGGUUUAUUAUAGGAGUAGAAAAAUUAAAAAGUGUUGCUCAAAAAGGAGAAGAAUUAAAAAGAAACGUCUGUAUAUUUCUAUGAUAUUGUACACGUUCACAUUUGUUUAGCAUAAUCUGCAAUGUAACGUACAUAUAUAGGUUUCAUGUUUUCUGUUUUAAAUGAACCAAGUUAAAGUCAACCAUGAGUAAAUUUAUCUGUAACUAUAUUUUGGUGAUCAUGCUUAUCAAUACCAACAUGAUACACCUUGGUUACUACAUUAUCAGCACAAUCUUCGCUUUACCUGUCCACCUCAAAGAAUCUGAGCUGAAACCCAAGAUAUAAAGUAACCCCCGCACAAUUCGAUUAUUCGAUAGAAAAUUGGUAUCCGAGAUUUUUGCGAAUUUACGUUCUCAAAAAUGAUAAGUUGUCAAACACACGCAAGCACGGUAACUACCACACAUGGAUUUGGUUUUCAGAAACUUGCUAGUUUUUACUGGUUGAUAUAGAUCGCAAAAUUGUCUCGAUGUAAAAAAGAAAGGAGAGGAGUGGGAGGAGAAAGGGCACGUGGAGCAUGAGAGAGCCGACAAAGAGCAUCUCUUUAAGACAUUGGAGUUUGUGUUUAAUCUCUCUCCCAACAGUUCAUGCGAUGCCUCUCUCUCUCUGUUUCUCUCUUUCUCUCGUGGUUUUGGAGUUGUCAGCGACAUCUUCGCGUCUUCUUGUUAUUUCACUCUCUCCAAUGCACAAUCUCUAUCUAUAUAUAUAUACAUAUGUGUAUUCACAAACUUCAAACCCCCCCCCCCCCACAACUUUAGAUCUAGUUGAUAUUGACAAAUGGAUCGUUUGACUAUCAACUAUGUAGACACUACAUUUUAUAUAGAGACCAGCUUAUAUUCAACGCACAGCGCUACAUCUUAUAACCGUGAUGAUCGUCAAGUACUAAAAUAACAUUACUAAAAUGGCUAUUUUCUUUCAUGAAAUCUAAAAGUUUUAAAUAAUAUUCAUCAGCACAAUGACAUUGAUCAUCACACCAUCAUAUUACCAAAAAAAAAUCAAUGAUAUGCUCAAGAUGCAUUCCAACAUAUUUUUUGCAAUUGAUAUUUUUUGUACUUAUCACUGAACGAACUAGCUGUAAGUUUGUUUGUUGGUAUGUAUACAUGCUUAUCAGAUAACCAUAUUAACUUAAAAAAAGAUAACCAUAAUAAUUAUAUAGCUACAUGCAAUUAUAUAGAGGAUAGUCAAUUAAUCAUUUGUAUAUGUAUUACAAAAUAAUUAUCAUUAUAAUUAUAUUAUCAGAUGCCAACUUUCUUUCUGCCUGAUAAUUAAAAAGUUUAAACCAUUGGACUCUUUUUGCAUUCAAAAUGUAAUGCGUCAUGUUUAUAACAUAUGUGUUGAUGUAAUGAAAUUAAUGGUUGUAGAACAAUCACUAGCUGGCAACUUUACCUGCUGAUCUAAACAAUGAUUCAUAACAGUUCAAGGGAUCACAAAGUUUACUAUCCAAAGACUGCAUCAUUUUUUCCUAUCAAAUUUUGAUUGGCCUAAUAAUGACUUACUAAGUGAUGUAACAUUUAAGGUUAAGUAGGAAAGAGCGAGGAAGUGGGGACCAAAAACACUGCCCAUACAUAGAAGGAAGGAAGUCACAUUCAAAAUUCGUAAUAAGCACAAUAAAAACAAAAUAUAAUGUAUUUAUUUAACCCUAGGUUACCAAUCACAAACCAGAUGUAGACUCUAGCUCGCACACAUCUCAAAUAGUAGCUUAAAUAAAAACCCCUUUCUCUGUAUCCAAACUUCACUUCAUCCAACUCAAAAAGAAGGAGAGAGAAGCUAGCUAUACAACAAAAGUAGGGAGAGAGAGAGAGAAACCCUACAAAAUAAAAAGGAAGAAGAGACGAAGAUGAAGACGAUCCAGCUUGGAUUUAGUUGUUCAUCAUUACUACUCUCUUCUUGGUAGCUUCGACAACAAAACAAGAAGAAAAAAAAGGUCAACUUAAAGAUCUGAGCUCUUAGAUCCAUCAGUCUCUUCUUUAUUUUUAUCCAAUUCAUCACGCCAUCGAAUCAUACAUCAUGGAUGGAACACAAAGCUCACUCCCUCCUCCUUUCCACUCAAGAGACUUUCAGUUACAUCUCCAACAACAACAGCAACAGCAACAAGAGUUCUUCCUCCACCAUCACCAGCAACAAAGAAACCAAACCGAUCAAGAUGACCAACAAGGAGGAGGAGGAAUAAACCGACAAAUCAAGAUGGAUCGUGAAGAGACAAGCGACAACAUAGACAACAUGGCUAACAACAGUGGCAGCGAAGGUAAAGACACAAACCAAGGAGAAGGAGGAAGCGGUGGCGGCGGCGGCUCAGGAGGAGAUCAGAUGACAAGAAGACCAAGAGGAAGACCAGCUGGAUCCAAGAACAAACCAAAACCUCCGAUUAUCAUCACGCGGGACAGCGCCAACGCGCUUCGAACCCACGUGAUGGAGAUUGGCGACGGCUGCGAUCUAGUCGACAGCGUGGCCACUUUCGCACGCAGACGCCAGAGAGGCGUUUGCGUUAUGAGCGGUACUGGAAACGUAACAAACGUCACCAUACGUCAGCCUGGAUCUCCAUCUCCUGGCUCGGUCGUUAGCCUUCACGGAAGGUUCGAGAUUCUCUCUCUCUCGGGAUCUUUUUUACCCCCGCCGGCUCCUCCUAACGCCACAGGGUUAAGCGUUUAUCUCGCUGGAGGACAAGGACAGGUUGUUGGAGGAAGCGUGGUGGGUCCUUUGCUAUGUGCUGGACCUGUGGUAGUCAUGGCGGCUUCUUUUAGCAAUGCGGCGUACGAGAGGCUUCCCUUAGAGGAAGAUGAGAUGCAAACGCCGGUUCACGGAGGUGGAGGUGGAGGAGGAGGAGGAUCGAUGGAGUCGCCGCCGAUGAUGGGAGGACAAAUGCCACAUCAGCAACAAGCUAUGUCGGCUCAUCAAGGGUUACCACCUAAUCUUCUUGGUGGUUCAGCUCAUCAAGGAUUACCACAGCAUGAUAAUCAGCCUUAUUGGUCAACGGGACGACCAUCGUUUUGAUCACCUCGCCCCAUCGUAGCUAGCUAUAUGUAUAUUUAUAGCUAGCUAACCGCAGAAUCACGAGUUUAUGAACGAAUAAGACUAUGAACUUAGUCGAGGACGAUCGAGUUUCAUUAUAUUUGGGUCGACAUGUAUCAGACGAAUCAGGUUUUCUUUUUCCUUUUUUAAUUUCUCUUUUUGGUUCGUUUUAGCUAGUAGAUUUUCUAUGUUGAUUUGAAUAACAUUUUUCUUUGUUUCUUGCUUUUUAUUUGAUGAAUUUCCAUUGGUAGUUUAAAUUUACUUUGUGUUGUUGGCUCUAAGUAUGGUAUUUUCUUAUCAACAUUUUAUGGUGUUUUCGACAAUUUUUAUAGUUCAUAUUCUUAAUAUGGAACUAUUUGGAUACACAAAAGCUCGUUUAUAUGACAUGGUUGUUAGUAAUUGUUAUUGCUUUAAGUUUGAGUUUCCGAUAGGGAGAGAUGGUUUAUGCUUUUACAGGAGGCUUCCACAUAAAUUCUCAGACUUAGAGUUAACUACAUUAUACAAAAUACAUUUUAGCUCCAUAGUAAGUAUAUGUACGCUAAUUUACACAACAACUAUAUAAAUAUGCUGUAUAACUAAGACUGAUACUGCGGUCUACGUCAACUGAUAUAUACAGCAUAUCGAUGAACUGUAUUACACAGUUUCUAUUGACUCAAGCAACAAAAAAGUUCAAGGACGUUUCCUAAACUAGAAUGGCACUUAUUUUUAUUUUUUUGGGUCCAAACAUAAGUGCCUAAACUAGAAAAGCACUUCCCAAAUCAGAUAUGAUCUUUGGAUGGCAGUUAUACUCCGCAAGGAGCCAAAGGGAUUAUUAAUCAUGUUGAUAAUUAUUAUUGGUAUGAUGAAAAGGACUAAGUAUUUUUAUAAGUAAAAACAUUUUGUGGAGCCAAAAAGAAAAAAAAAAGUAAAACAUUUUGUAGUGAGAGUAUUCCAUCUCGUCUUUAAUCAUUAUGGAUAUUUAAUUUCAAUCAAUAAGUCUAUUUGGAUCAUAAUCACCCUUAUUUAGUCUUCAUAACAUAAUAAUGAUUGUGCUAUACACAUGUCGUUUGUCGGACUUAAACUUCUGUUGAUGAUGAAAUAAAAUCGCAUUUUUAUGUAAUGAGGAUGAUGUACAUAAACAUUAGUAUAUAUUAGUAUUCAUUUGUAUAAAUACUAAUAUAUAGUACAUAAUAAUGAAAUAACAUAAUAAUGAUUGUGCUAUACACAUGUCGUUUGUCGGACUUAAACUUCUGUUGAUGAUGAAAUAAAAUCGCAUUUUUAUGUAAUGAGGAUGAUGUACAUAAACAUUAGUAUAUAUUAGUAUUCAUUUGUAUAAAUAAACAUAUGAUUCUUAAUAUAUAAUGUUUACGUACAUCAUUUUUUUAUAUAAGAAAAAGCUGCAAAACCGGCGGCUUAAACGGGGGUUAACAAUUUACGAGAAAAGUUAAGAGGUAUGGGAGCUUUAUGUGCAUGUUCUCUCUUCAUACAGAAACUUAUACGCUUACAUAUGAGCAUCAAUCAAUAGAUCUUUAAGUGUGUGUAUAUAUUUACAUAUAUACUAUGUAUGUAUACGCACAAAUAUAUGUGUAUAUAUACGUGGAUAAGGAGACACUACAUUUGUUCAACUGCUGCCUCACACGUGCGCUUGCUGGUGAAUACCAUGUUCUUUCGGGACUACCAGCUACAGACUCAUAUUUAUGCAUACAAUGUUUACUAUGCCUGAUAUAGUCAUGUGUAUAUAGUGUAAUUAUACAGAUAUAUUAAGUAGCUAAAUUAUUGACUUUUUAUAAUAAAAUAACAUAAAAUACUAACAAGUAAGAUCAUUACAGCUCUUUCUCAAAAAAGAAAGUAAGAAAAUCAUUAUCAAAAGAACAUGGUUUUGCGAAUACAGUAAAUUGUAUAUAGAAUUAUUUGACCCUUAUUCAGGUUUAAAAGGAGGAAUGCCAAGUAGUGCAUAUAUAAAUAUAUAUGCUAAUCAA